ACGUUAGUCUUGUGUUGCAGUUACCCGUAGUCGGACUAUAAAAUCGUUUCGAAAAUGUCUGGAAAAACUUUCGUUGUUAUUUGCGCUCUUCUUUUCGUUCAACUUGCAUCAGCAAGAGUUGCUCGCGAUGCACCCGCAAAUCCCGAAUUGCCUUUGGCUGAUUUACUCAGCAAGGCUGGUGAUAUGCUAAAGGAAGUUCAAGGUAAGGUGUUCGAAGCUGUCGGUGUCCAAAAUCAGGAACAAUUCAACAAUUUCGUUGCCACUGAAACCAAAGCCUACGCCACCAAAUUGGACGGUCUUGCCAAGGAAUUGAAGAAGACUGCUGAUGAAAACAUUGAGAAGAUCGGAGAAAGCGAUGCUGUUAAGCAGUUGCGUACUCGUGUCGAUGAAGCCAUCAACAAUUUGAAGAAGGAUAACCCAGAGGCUGCAAACAAUGUUGACCAACUAACCAAGACCACCAAGAGCCUCAUCGAAGGAAUUAGCAACCUUGGGGACAGUGAAUCCGCUAAGCAAAUUAAGGAUAUUGGAAACCAAAUUUUGCAAACCACCGUUGAUGCUCUUAAGGAUGUCAACACCAAGAUUCAACAAGCAGGAAAAGCCUAAACUAUGCACUCGAUUAAAUAAAAACAAGGAUUAAAAAAAAUAUUAAUAAUGUUUUCUUUUUAACCCA